CAACAUCUUGGAGAUAGUACGGAGCUCCCAGUUACAAUAGUUAACCAGCUGCGCGGUCUGGCUACAGCAGUGAGAAAAUCGUGCUCCUUCAGAAUAGAAACACACAUACGCAGCUAGAGAUUACGGAUGUAAACGCAUGUACGGAACAGCCUAUAGUUUACGCUAAAAAAUCAAGAGAGUGACAAGGGUCAGGCUAUUAACUGCAGACGCUCGAGCAUUAUCGACAAGUGUAAUCGAUCUGUGGUUGUUGCGAGUGUCAGACAAGUGGUGAGGUGACAACACUCCACGGAAUGGAGAUGCAGUGGCCAUUCUGAAGUCUUGUGUAUCAAGCCGUACCGGACGAAAGUUCAAACGAGCGUGAGUACUAAUUGUGUGUAUAAUAAUAUAAUAACAGAUUCGUGCCCGGGCAUAUAUGAAGUGUGUCAAACCGUGCUAGUGUAAAAUUUUUCGUCAUUAAUAGUUGGAGAGCCCUCGUCCCUUUUUUGCACUGACGGUGGAUAGUAACAUAAACAACAAUGAACGUUUACCACUGCUGUGGAUAAUUCUGAAUUUAGGUGGACUAAAGGAGACAGCGGACAUUUCGUUUGAGGCUGCCCCGAUCGAGCUGCUGUACAUUGGUCAACCAGCUAACCGGCACGUUAAGGGACGGAGGUAGCCGCCGGUCGACGGACAAACCGAGAAGGAGCCUCGCACUUCAGGCGAGUCCCCGUUCGACAAUGGAAUCGGAACUGAUCUGCCACUGGGGGCUCGCCCUGCCGCUCAACCAUCCAAGGAGAACAAACGAGUCGAAUUGCUUUCUGCGUACUGAUUCGCCCACACUCGUUUCGAGUCAAUAGCGAAAGCAUUUGCUGCCGGCCGCAGCGGGAGACGGGGACGUAUAGACGUCGUAUGGAGAGUUGAUAUCAUUUACUACCAAGAACCGAAGCAACGACCUAAAUCUAAGCAGGAGUCGUGGCGGAGGCCUGGGACGAAUCGUCGUUCGCCGUCCAAUGGUGAACAAAGCGGAUGAACAGCUGGAGCUUGAGGCCAACGAAACUCUGCCAUUGCAGCUUCGCGCGUCAAUGGCGGCCCAUUACCCACCACCAGCGCCGUCGUCGGGUGGCGGCGUUCCGGGAGUGACCAGCUCAAGUCUUCCUGGCGUUGCAGGAGCCUGUAUGGGCGCCAUAGGCGCAAUGGGCGUCCGAGUAGGCGGAGUUGGACAAAGUACCCUGACGAAACCGCUUCCACCACUACCGUCGAUAGCGUCAUUGCCGAGACAUCAACACUCUCUAAGCGGCCAACAUCCACACGGGUCGGGCUCGUCACGUGGGUCGCCUCCGAAGCAACCACAGCAGCAUAUCUAUCAGGACAGCCAAUUAGGCAUGAUGGACGGCAUGGGCGAAUACGCUGAAGCGGGCGGGCCCGGGGGCUUGUCCGGGCACCCUCAUCAUCCUUCCAUGUCGUCGGCUAUGAACUCAACGCUUUCGCGAAUCGAUCAGCUGAUGCGAGAUCAAGAACGACAGUAUAUGACCCUUCCACCGUUGCAGAAUCCGGCAGUUAACAACGUCAAGCAGCAACAGCAGUCGCAACCCCAGCGUGACUAUAGUUUCGUCGGGGGUAGCGGCAGCAGUACGUAUGAUUACGCUGGAUCCACCGAACCACUACCGACGAACGCAGCCAUUAGAAAAAAACAAGAUUCGUUUACAGCUUACUCAGCGCUAUUUACGGUGUUUUCGCUAUUGACGUACUCCUUGGAUUUGGCCUCGGACGCCUUUAUUUGCUACCUGUUCUACAUCAACCAUAACCUCAUCUGCGCUGGAAUCACGCUUGCCUUUACAGUGACCCCAUCAGUGAUCGUCAACGUAUUUUCAGUUCGGUGGUACGUUCAGGACGACAAGGAGUCAUCGAAGGCGAUGAAAGACUCAACAGGACUGGAGGAUACCCCAAUGCUACAUCGGCCCAAAAUGUCGUUAUGCGACUGGCUCGUACGGGUCGUUUUCCACCUAUUGCUACUUGGUCCGGUCGUAAGGUACUUGGAGUUGCUUGUAUACGGAGUGAAAUCGCGGCGUCAGGCUCGGCAACGUGGAGAACAGUGGCCAUAUGCUGCUGUAAAUCGAAUCGAACAACCAAAGGAACGGCAGGUGGAUUACUACUUGUUAAUGAUUCAUGAGGAUCGUGAUACUGCGUUGCUUUCACUAUUCAAAGCGGUCCUCCAGUCGGCGCCACAAGCGACUCUGCAAAUUUUCCUGUUGGCCUCGGAAUUCUCCUUAAAAGGCCACAUCGCAAAUGAGCUGAUAGGGGGCUGUCAACUGGCUUCAGCCAUGAGUUCAUUGGUGAGCAUCGCGCUCUCUUUAUCCAGCUACCAUCGGGCGCUACGGCGCUCAGUGCCAGACAAGUACAACAUGAGUCGGGUUGGAGCGAUACUACAGUUUAUUUGGAGGCUGUGUACGGUGGGAUCACGGAUUAUCUGCAUCGCGUUGUUCACGUCGGAGUACACGUUCUGGUUGAUUCCUUUAUGUGUGGGUCACUGGGGCGUCAUGUCGGUAUGGGUAAUGCAUCAAGGCACGCGUUUCUGCGAUACAGAGUCGGGCCAGCCUCGCCAAUGUGAAGAAUACCUCUUUGAUAUGCUCAUCGGGGCGAUCUAUCUCGUAUGUUUCCUGAACGUCAAAGAUGAACCAACAAGGUAUAAGUACACGGGCUAUUACGUGAUCACUUGCAUAGAAAACGUAGCUACAAUCGUGCUAUGGUAUUUCCGUGCAGGGAGCCACGUCUGGUUUCGUCUGCCAGUAUUGGUCGGAACGCCAUGCCUGUUCGCGUUCGGCAUUCUCAUUAUGGCCGUCUACUAUCGAUACUACCAUCCGAACGGGAUGCUCCCGAUCUACAAUCCUAUAGCGAGAUGUUGUUAGAUAGGAUACGGCAAGAGAAGAAGUACCACCAGCAGGGCCCUGUUGCGUCCAUACGGACAUGGACACACACACCCAACUGUUGGUGGGUGUAAGCAUGCAAUUUUGUUGUACUUUUAACAUGCGUGUAGUACGUACGACCUGUGCAAGAUAGCUCGCUCGCCGCGUGCCAGUUACUGGCGUCGUGACUAGGGCAAAAACAACGGCAAAGCAGGUGCAAUAGAUUUGAGUCAGAUAUACCCAGCGGUUCCGACCAUUAUUAAAAAUCCAAUAGCAAAAUGCGCACAUACAAACAAAGCCGGUAGACUAAGCUUCCGACAGCGAUAGAUGAAGUUUGUGUGUGUAAGCUAUGCUACGUGAAAUGUAACAUUAGCGGACACGUUGAAUACGUUGCAGGGAAACGUGGCUCUCAGAUUUUGGUGAACUUUGGGGUCGAACGGACGGAAGCGAAACACUGGUGAACUAACUAACUGAAUACAAUAUAAUACGUACGGGGGAAUCCACAAAAGAUUCAAACUUUCGGUUUUAAUUAAGGACCAAACUUAAAAUCAUUGAAGUCUACAGUAAUGCGAUUAUAGUAUAAUACAUACAAGUAAAUCCCAGAAAAGUGUGCAAUGUGAGGAACUCUGUGAUCAUAAGCGUGGCCAUACGGUCUCGAAGCAACCGUAUCCAGUCCGAGCCCACUGUAGCCCGCAGGGCUUUAUAAAUGCCGCUCCGGAAAGUUGCUGUCAAAAGAACGGACCGUCAGAACGUUUGGUUAUAAGGACAACCAUCAUGCACUAUAUCCACGUAAAUCUUAUUGCACCAACGCGCUGCAGCCUCUGAGAAUGGGGCGAGAAGACGACGAGAGGGUUAAUAGUUAUGUGGUUCCUAAACCUGCAGCAAGGUUAAGGGAGGCACCGUAGGCUUGCCCCUAAGACCUGUUAGACCGCUGCUGGAAAGGUUUCUCGUUUUGUAAAAGCCAGGCUAAUCCUGUUCGUCGAACAAGCUCAAGCCAUCACCACCAAGAAAUAAGCUGGUUAGAAACAUCAGGAUCAGACAACUCACCAGGUCAAACUAGCAAGCGAGUUGGUCACAAUGACCAAUCUCGUGCUGCCUAGUCGACUAACUUAGUAACGCGCACACCAAUGCAGUCAUCGCUGACUUGAUGACAGCGGCUGGGUGGCUGGCUGGCUGGCUGGCACGCAUCGAUACGCGCGUACUUCCGUAUAUCUCAGAUCCGAUAAAUGAAGCUAGCAGAAGGAGGACAUUCACGGGAAACCGGACUUACACACAGAAAGAAAAGAAUCGUGCAUUCGCGAACAAGGCGCGCCACGAUCUGAGCAAUAAAAGCCUCGAUGUGGCUCAAUUCGAUAAUGCUGGACGAGCGAAACUCGCAACCGUAUAAUAUAAACUCUACGAGAGUAGGAAAUUCGCGCUAUUAAGAUUGAAGUCAGAUUCGAUGACCCAGCAUUCAGGUCACAUCACCACCAGCGCCAUCAAGAAUGAAUAACGAGCCUGGGUAAAGCAGAAAAGUCGAAGAAGAAAAAACGAAUGAGAGAGUGUCUGUGAUCAUACGUGGCUCCCAGAAUAGCUGUUGCCACAUCUAUAUGUACUUCUGCUAUGCUGCUGUUUCAUAAUUUACUCAUUCAGCUAAGUAACUAGCAGGCAGCCUUAAGCUCCAGACGGUACGCGAACAACCGCAAUGCCCAUCAAACAUCAUCAACAAUCGUUGGAACCAUUAAAACAGUCGGUACAACUACUAUACGGUUAGCUGUAUAUAUAUUAUAUAAUAAAAAAAAAAACCAAAAUGAAGAGUGGACGGGAAAAAGAAGCAGCCAUACAUUCAAAACAUACUAGUUUGGCUGUAGUACGAUAUACAUGCAUGGUGGUAUGAGCUGUAAUGGAAUUCGGCUUUGGCAGAGAGCACGACGAAAGAUAAUAUUGGCUCUUUGCGAUCGCGUUAACGUUAUCAGCGGUGGCGGCGGCGGCAAGAAAAACGCAAGCGCAUUGGUUUCCACGAUACCACUAUAUGAUGAUAACAUCGCGCGCAAACAUAACCAUAACACAAUCGUUCAUGAGGUGUAGUCACGCAAAACAAGCUAAAAUAAUGGUAAAAACGGUGGCGUUACAUACAAGGUGUCAUCGACCCUUCAGCGAAGAAGUUUUGUAUAAGAAUGAAAAUCGAAAGGAAAAGAAAUAUUUGAUACUAUCGAGAGUAUUAUUGCUAUAUAUAGGUGCGUAUAUAGAUGGAUGAGUGAAAAAGACUGAGCGAUGCUAUGUAAAAUAUUGAAACUGGAACAAGCUGUGAAGGGAAGGCAAAACCAAGAACUGGAGGUGAUUGGCUCUUAUUAGUACUAUAAUAGCAUUCUGGGAUAGCAAUAUUGGCCUCUCCCUCAUAGCGGUUGCUAGCUACCUAACACUAAUAGCGACAGUAACAUUAUUAAAUAUAUAUGAAAGGGGGUGUACGAUCUCGUCGCGCGCCACUGGGGCUUCACAAAGACAAACUGUAGGGAAAGAACGUGGCGGAGGUAGAGGCCGAGAAGCAGAUGACGGUAGCCGCCCAAAAAGGAAAUCAUAGGGCGGGUUAGGAUUUUGUUGCUUCUGCCGUUAUGCAGUUCAAGCGAUGGAGCGACAGGAGCAAGGUGGCGUUGUGGCCGCCUUCGCUUCCUCCGUCAGCAUAGAAAGGAAUAGCAAAGACCCGAUGGGGCAGAUCCCAACGAGAAGGAAGGAAAAAAGGCCCCGAGGCUCUGGCAAUUCGGGAUUCUGUCCGAAUUGAGUUUGAAGCGCGGCAGCCAAACGGUCGAUAGGCUGUGCAUGGGGUAAUCCCGUAGCAAACAUCUGGGAGUUUGCGGGCAGUAGUGAUGAGGGGUAUUGUGGGACAGUUUUGUGGGUGAGUGCUCUGGCUGUGGGGCAAAAAGCAAAUUGAGCCUGCGAGCCUGUAAUAUCGUAUGCAAAUCGGCGGAGGCGAACUCCAACACCGCCCCGCGAGCCAACAACAUUCAAGAUACAACGUACGUCGUAGCAAGCAAAAUAAAGCAAUAGUGAAUGCAGAACUAAUGAAUUGCAGAAGCCUCGUCACCGCCUUCGCCAACGCCGGCGAAUUUGAAACUUUUGAACCAAGGAGGAACUGAAGACCAGCGACUGCGGUGGCGAGUGGCUCAGUAAGGGAGAGAUUAGGGGAAGCUGGUACAACGUUUGGGGGUAGAUGUAGAGGCUAGAAAGCAGAGAGGAUGAGGGGUCACAGGUUUCGUAAAUUGAGCGUCGCAGCUAUAAAGCAAUACAGUAAUAGAUAGAUGAGAGAAUAUAUGCAACAGUACCUCUGCAUUGUUGCUGCUGCUGCUGCUGCUGCCAGCAUAAAUGUUUACGAUGACCGUAAAAGGUAAGAAUGCCAAAAUACUCAGCUGUUGGAUAGAUAUAUGUAUCAUAGCUACGACUAACUAAGCUUGCUUGACAGCGAACGUGCUCCAGGGUUCGCGGGACGGGGUUAGGCACGAGGUGAAACAAACACCUCGAAGGGGUUCGCCUUCGACCAACUCUAUGUACAUUGAGACAUUGUCAGGUUUGUAAUAUGUUUGUACAGAGAAAAAGAUAGGCCAGUCCGCUAAAGACCGGUGCAAUGUUUCAUAUAGCAAUGAGCGUGUAUGUAGAUGAAAACCAAAUGAUUAUUAUGAACGACGGUACUUAAUAAUGAUGAUGGACAACGAUGAUUAUGAAUAAGAUGAUUACGGUAUUGGUAUUGCUAAUACUUGAAAUAUAAAAAAAUACAAGAAUACUAGUACGUACAUAUGUAAUAAUGACACUUCUUCCAGCACACGAACAGCCGCUACGUAAGUGGCACAAUAUAACAAAAAAAAAAACCAUAAUGUCACAAAUAAGAUUAUGUCCAAACUAUAAUUAUUGCUACUACCAUUUUAAGGAGGAUCUCCAUCUACGAAGGAGACAGUGGGACAGACAACAAAAUAAUAUUAUAUAGUUCCAAGUUUUGAUGAAACCACAAGGCACAGCUAAUGACACGAGCAGGAGCCGGACACUCCGAUAUCAUUCGGAGAAGAAGUAUAUAGGGAAAAUUCUAUUCUGGAAAAAGAGAAUGAGCAAAAACGUAUUAGUAUCAUCAUGAAAAAAACUUCGAAUUUCAGAGUCAUCCAUGCCAGUCACAAAUGACCAGAAUCUAGAAUGGUAGAGAGAAGCGGCGUGACCUCUGAAUGACCUUUAGAUACGCGAAAGAAAGUGAAAACAGUGGUGAAAUCAAUGAUGGACAAGAGCGAACACCAAAAUAACGUAACAAUAAGUGGAAGAAAGCAGAAUCAAAGUAGAGAAUCUUUGGACGGCCUCGUAAAUAUCCUAGACUGCCCUAUACAGAAACAAGAAUGAGACUUGGGUCCUCUGUUAAUGGGACGAGAUCCCUGGUUGUUUCCAGUUGCAACAGCUAGACUGUCAUAAGUUUCCCGCUUUCGUAAUCAUAACAAAAAAUUAUACCAAUUAGUAGAACGAUUAUAGUGUUCAUGGUAAGGGUAAUGAUCAUGUCGGAGACUGAGACAGAAGAAAUGCAACCGCAGCAGAGACAAACAAAUAAUAACAGAAAAAAAAUAGCAAAGAGUAAAACAUUAACUCGCGUCCUUUCCCGUCAGCUAAUAUUAAUAAUAUACAUGGAUAUGACGACAA